AUAUUUGGUCUUCCAAAUUGGUUUAAUUGAGAUUAUCUUAAUUAUUUGGAAAAGGACUUGGAAUAUCCAAGUCCUGCCUAAGUUCAAAAUUUUCAUAUGGCAAUGCCUCAAAGUCAUACUUCCCACAGUAGUGGCCCUUCAAUCUCGUGGAGUCAACUGUCUCAACCGAUGCUCUGUCUGCUGGAGACAUCGAGAAAGCAUUGAACAUUUAUUCUUUAGAUGCCCCCUAGCCACCAGAUUGUGGACUUUAGUGGGAUUGAGCAACUUUAUUGAGACCGCUCAGACUCUGAACUUUGGUCUACGGUGGCGACAUGUCAUGGUCUCCGAGACCUCCCAAUUCCACAUUCUCCAAUGCAUCUGUUUACUUUGGAGAAUCUGGAAGUCUAGAAAUAAAGUGACCUUUGAAUUUAUCCAACCCCAUGUCCGUUCCCUAGCCAGACAGUUCUACAACCAGGUCCUCGAAUUCUCCUUUCUUCUUCCUCCUCCUCCGCCCCGCAGCUCUCUAGUCCCAGUUCAUCCUGCCACCACUUGGGUCCCUCCACCAGAAGACUUUUUGAAGAUCAACGUAGACGCACCUGUUUGUACCACCGGUUGUUCGUCUGGGCUUGUUUUCCGUGGGUCAGACGGGCAUGUGGUGUUGGCGCUCGGGCUGCAACAUCAAGGAAUAAUCUAUCCUUAUCUGGCAGAGCUUCUAGUUUUUAGAGACGCCAUCUCCAUCGUAGCCUCAAGAUCCUUGACCCACGUGAUAGUCGAAGGUGAUUCCGAAGUGGUGGUCUACCAAGUCCGACAAGGCGUCUUUGAAGUCUCAAUUGGUGGUCUGGUGUUUCGAGAGUGUCUUCAGAUCCUUAGCUCUUUGUCUGUUUGUAUAGAGUUUAGGGCGGUACAUAGAUCCGCCAUCAGUGCUGCCCAUAGAGUGGCGCGUAAAGCACUGCUUUUGUCUCGUGUAGAGAUAGAAUCUUUUGAUUUUUUGGGGUGGCUUCUUUAGAAUCUUUUAGGGGGUCCUGGGUAGAAUUGUAAGUUUAACUAUUUUCUUCCAUUGAUAUCACUCAGAAAUAAAAAAAAUAAAAAAAAUAACUUGUUUUUUUUAGAGACCAUAAUCUUGUCUCGCUUGAGAAGCGGAAUUCUUUUAAUGUGAUGAAAAGAAUUUAACAUCGGUAGUAUAUGUGUUUUUUUUAUAAAAAAAAUAUAAUUAUAGUAUAAACGGAACUUAUAUCU